CUGCACUAUUCAAUCUUCAGCGUGGAUCAAACACAGUCUUAGCUAUAACGAUAAGUAGACAUUAGUGAUAUAAUAAUAUUCAGAGUAAUUAUCUUUUGUUUUUUGCUUUUCUUUUCCGUGCGCAGGAGCUGCGGGAGCGGACAGUCUCAGCGCUGAUGUCCCUCUUGACAUCUUUGCUCGGCUGCUCGGUUGAAUAACACAGGAAGCUAGCUCUUAACGGAUUUGCGGGGUAAACAAACGUUAAAACACACACAUUUGAGCGUAAUAGAAAACUGGUAGAUAUGGCAUUGCGAGUGUACAGUUAAUAUACAGCACUCAGCGAUAACAGACACCAUGUCGGCGUUAUUGUUGCAACAGCAUCGCGCUGGUUUAUGCAGAAAAUACAGCGCAGGUUUAUUGUGGACGCUGCUGAGGCGAAACUCUCAUAUAUUAAACAAGCCGACAGCCAGUGAAAGUGUUAAAAAUGUGCUGUUCAGAUGCGCUACUGUCAGAAAGAUGCUUGUUUCUAAUUCAGAGCGGACACUUACGAAUCAGCCGCAGAAACUCAUUCAGAGUCUCCUCCACAGACCCUUGGGUCCUGGCAUGGCGGGAAUUAGCAAAGAGUUAAUCAGAAACAACCUGCUGAGGAACCCCGUUGGUUUGGUAAAUCUGUUAGGGGCAAUAAACCUCUUCAGUACAUCUCAAUCUAAACAAGAAAAAAACAAAAGUAAUGGACCAAAGGGAAAAACUCCAGAGGAAGAUGAAGAGGAGAAGAAACGUCGCGAGCAGGAAGACCAUAUGUACCGGGAACGCCUGCGGACCCUCAUCAUCAUAGCGGUCAUCAUGAGCCUGCUGAACUACCUGAACAGCAGCGGUGGAAACAUCUCUUGGAAUGACUUUGUCAAUGAGAUGUUGGCCAAGGGCGAGGUGUCACGUGUGCAGGUCGUUCCCGAGAGUGACAUCGUAGAAAUCUACCUUCAUCCUGGAGCAGUUAUCUUUGGAAGGCCUAGGCUGGCGCUCAUGUACAGAAUGCAGGUGGCCAACAUUGACAAAUUUGAGGAGAAACUGAGAGCUGCCGAAGAGGAGCUGAACAUCGACACAAAGGACAGGAUACAGGUGUCAUACAAACGGACUGGAUUCUUUGGAAAUGCAGUCUAUGCUCUGGGGAUGGCGGCGAUUGGCGUGGGUAUUCUCUGGUAUAUCUUCCGAAUAGCAGGCAUGGGUGGCAGAGAAGGCGGCUUCAGUGCUUUUAAUCAGCUGAAGAUGGCCAAGUUCACCAUCGUGGAUGGAAAGUCGGGUAAAGGUGUGAGUUUCAAAGACGUGGCAGGCAUGCACGAGGCUAAGAUGGAAGUAAAGGAGUUUGUCGACUACCUCAAGAAUCCAGAACGAUACCUCCAGCUUGGAGCCAAGGUUCCCAAGGGUGCGCUGCUGCUCGGGCCUCCAGGCUGUGGGAAGACCCUGCUGGCGAAGGCUGUAGCCACCGAGGCCCAGGUGCCCUUUCUGGCGAUGGCUGGCUCUGAGUUUGUGGAGGUCAUCGGAGGCCUGGGAGCUGCCAGGGUAAGGAGUCUGUUCAAGGAGGCCCGAAGUCGAGCUCCCUGCAUCGUCUACAUCGAUGAGAUCGAUGCUGUGGGAAAGAAGCGCUCCACCAACAUGUCGGGUUUCUCCAACACUGAAGAGGAGCAGACCCUCAACCAGCUGCUGGUGGAAAUGGACGGAAUGGGAACAACAGACCACGUCAUUGUACUCGCUUCAACGAACAGAGCAGAUAUCUUGGAUAAUGCUCUGAUGAGACCAGGCCGACUGGACAGGCACAUUUUUAUAGAUCUGCCCACACUGCAGGAGAGGAUGGAGAUCUUUGAGCAGCACCUGAAAAUCUUGAAGCUGACCCAACCGCCUGAUUUCUACUCUUUGCGUCUGGCUGAGCUCACCCCAGGCUUCAGUGGUGCAGAUAUCGCUAAUAUCUGUAACGAAGCUGCCUUGCAUGCUGCCAGAGAGGGCCACAAGUCCAUCGAUACCUUCAACUUUGAGUAUGCAGUGGAGAGAGUAAUAGCAGGGAGUGUAAAGAAGAGUAAGAUCCUGUCUAAAGAGGAGCAGAGGGUGGUCGCCUUCCAUGAGUCUGGACAUGCUUUAGUGGGAUGGCUUCUGGAGCACACCGAGGCAGUCAUGAAGGUUUCCAUUGCCCCGCGGACUAAUGCAGCUCUGGGAUUUGCCCAGAUCUUACCACGUGACCAGUAUCUGUUCACCAAGGAGCAGCUGUUUGAGCGGAUGUGUAUGGCUCUGGGAGGAAGAGCUGCUGAGGCGAUCACCUUUAACAAAGUUACAACAGGAGCUCAGGAUGACUUGCGUAAGGUGACACGCGUGGCCUACUCCAUGGUGAAGCAGUACGGUAUGUGCGACAGUGUCGGCCAGGUCUCGUUCCCAGAGACGGAGCAGCAAGGUGCCAUCGGACGCCGUCCUUUCAGCCAGGGCCUGCAGCAGCAGAUGGACCAUGAGGCUAAGUUGCUGAUCGCCCGUGCUUACAGGCACACAGAGAAGCUCCUUUUGGACAACAGAGACAAGCUGACACUGUUGGCCAAUGCGCUGUUAGAACGAGAGGUGGUGAACUAUGAUGACAUCGAGGCUUUGCUGGGUCCACCACCGCACGGGCCAAAGAAAAUGAUCGUCCCACAGAGCUGGCUGGAGGCCGAGAGGGACAAACAAGACACGGGAGAAGACGAACCUCCACCACCUCCCCGUAAGCACAGAGAGGAGGACGUGAAUCCGCAGCUGGUCUGAUCUUAAAAUGAAUGUUAGUGGGUUUUUUUUAUAAAAUCUGGCAUUUAUUCCCAACUUUAAAAGUUUAUAUGCCGCCUGAAAGUGAAAUAAUCAGUUUUCAUGCAGACGUUUUGUGCAAAUGAACACAUUAUCAGUUUGCCAACCCAGUUAGAUCAUCUGAAACAGGCCUAAACAUGCUGGUGCAACUUUGAAAAUGACAAUUUGGAGAGAGGAGUUCUAUCAUUUUUCUCAAGUUUGCUGCACAGCCAUAUUUUUUGCCACAGUGGUAUUAAAUCAGGUCUAUUUAAACAGGAUGUUUAAAGUGCAGAUUGGCCAGAAAAGCCCUCAAAUCAUCAUUUAGUGCUUUCGCCAUGAAAAAUUAUAAGCUCCGUCAUAGAUUUCCCAAACACUGCUAAACUGACGUAAUAUUAUUUUAACGCAAACACACUGUACCAUAUACAGGUUUGGAUUCAUGUAUUACUUUCUGAAAAUCUGCAGAUGACACAAUAACUGUUAGCCAUUUGUAACUUAAGUUAUUCUGUACUGACAAAGGGUGAUCUUUUGUACUUUGUCAGUGAUGAGUUGCACCAAAUAUUUGCGUUCAUUCAGGGAACUUAAAAUCAACACAUUACGUUAAGGUUUGGAUUAUUGUGUUUGGUAUUAAACUGAGCUGCAGUUGUAGUAGAUUGCUGUGGACUUGCUGCGUUAGAGUUCUUAUUUUUUGACUGUUGAAGCAGAGGUGAUAUGGGGAAGGCACAUUUUACAUGUGAAAUAAGGCUAAAAUAUCAAAACAUCUGUCAUGUUGAUGAUUAAAUGGCAGAUAUUUAUUCCACACACCUGGCCACAAGAGAAAAAGAUUGAGUUAACACAUGGAAUAGGUUUUAAAAUAAGUUUUGUUGUUAAGGACUGAGAAUUGUUUUGACUGCCACAAAUGAGUUCCAAAGGAUAGUGUUGCUACAUAUUAAAGUUUUAUUUAAAAAUUGUG